CGCUUCCCGGUCGAGGACGCAAAGGUGAGCUGGAAGGUGCCCUGGCCAGAGUACUCGCCGGUGCCCUUCGUGGCCCCCUCGGUGCUCGCGGCCGAGCGGAGCGACACCAACCCGAACGGCUGGGCCGACAGCCCGCGGCCGAACCUCGCGGAGCUCAAGCACCGCCUCUCGUGCGAGGGCCCCCUCUUCUUCGACGCGGACCAGCGGCCAGUCAACCCGCGCGGCCGCACCGGCGUGUGCGGGCGGGGCAUGCUCGGCAAGUGGGGGCCCAACCGGGCCGCCGACCCGAUCGUGACGCGCUGGAAGCCCGGCGACAAGCGGAAGCUGCAGAUUGUCGCCAUCCAGCGCGGCGACACGGGCGUCUGGGCGCUGCCGGGCGGGAUGGUGGACGCGGGCGAGGUUGUGUCGGUGACGGUGCGGCGCGAGUUCGCCGAGGAGGUGGGCAACAUGGCCUCCGACGCCGAGCGCGCCGCCUUCAACGCGGCCGUCGACGAGCUGUUUGCGCACGGCGAGGUGGUGUACCGCGGCUACGUCGACGACCCGCGCAACACGGACAACGCGUGGAUGGAGACGACGGCGUUCCACUUCCACUGCACGGCCGACCUCGCCGUCCAGCUGCCGCUCCGCGCGGGCGACGACGCGCACAACGUGACCUGGCUCGACGUGGACGACGCCGAGCCGCGCUACGCCGCGCUGUACGCCUCGCACAAGGACUGGGUGGAC